AUGAGUAUCGAUAUGGAAGAAAAAAAUAGAAAUUCACAAGAAACUAAAAACGAAAAAAAAAAUGAAAAAGAUGAACAUAGUUAUAACAAUGUAAGUAUGGGAGAUUAUGAAUAUGUGAGAAAAAAAAUUGAAAAUUUAAAAAUAAAUUCAGAUAAGUUCAUAAAUGAUCAAAAUUAUUUAAAUGACGUAAAAUUUGAGAAUGAAAAAAAAUUGAAUAACGAUAGAAAUCAUACUGGCAUUACCACUGAAAAGAUUAAUAGCCAAAAUAAGAUUAAUCAUGGAAAUUUAAAUGUUCCUAAUGAUAAUAAUACAGUUAAUGAACAAAAAGUAAGUGAUAUCAAUAAAAAUGAUUCUAAGCCUACUUCAAUUAUAUUGAAUGAUAAAAAAAAUGGCGAUUUAUGCAAUGGAUGUAAGAAAAUUUUAAGUAAAAAACUAAGUUGUCCCAUAUGCUUAAAAAAUAAUUUAAAUAGUUAUUUUUGCAGUCAAGAGUGUUUUAAGAACUCAUGGAAAGAACAUCAAAUUGUUCAUGAAAAUACCAAAAACAACGAAAAGGAAAAUUUUAUGUCAAUUGUCAAGAAACAUUUAUCCCCGGAACAUUACGAUCCUAAUAAUAGGAAAUAUUGGAGAUAUGAUGAUCAUUUAAAAAACUUCAUUGACUUUAAGUUUACAGGUGAUAUAAGACCAUGGCCUAUAUCAGAAAUUAAUGAAAUUCCCGAACAUAUAGAACGCCCUGAUUAUGCUAUAAGUUCUAUUCCCCAUUCUGAAUUAAUAUAUAAAAGAAAAAGUGAUAUUUAUAUAAACAAUGAAGAAGAGAUUAAAAGAAUAAAAGAAGCAUGCAUAUUAGGGAGAAAAGCAUUAGAUUAUGCUCAUUCAUUAGUUUAUCCAGGAGUUACAACAGAUGAAAUAGAUAAAAAAGUUCAUAAUUUUAUAAUUAAUAAUAAUGCAUAUCCAUCUACUUUAAAUUAUUAUAAAUUUCCUAAAUCUUGUUGCACUUCAGUAAAUGAAAUUGUCUGUCAUGGAAUACCUGAUUAUAGGCCAUUGAAAAGUGGAGAUAUUGUAAAUAUAGAUAUAAGUGUGUUUUACAAAGGAGUUCAUGCAGAUUUGAACGAAACAUUUUUUGUUGGUGAUAUAAAUGAAAUAUCGAAAGAAGCAAAAGAAUUAGUAGAAACUUGUUAUUUUUCACUAAUGGAAGCAAUUAAAAAAUGUAAACCAGGAAUGUUAUACAAAAAUAUUGGUAACAUAAUAGAUGCCUAUGUGUCAAAAAAAAACUUUUCAGUAGUUCGAUCAUAUUCUGGUCAUGGAGUGGGGAAACUUUUUCAUACAAAUCCCACUGUUCCACAUUUUAAAAAAAAUAAAGCUGUGGGUAUAAUGAAACCUGGUCAUGUUUUUACAAUCGAACCUAUGAUUAAUCAGGGGCAUUAUAGUGAUAUAUUAUGGCCGGAUAAAUGGACAAGUGCUACUUCUGAUGGAAAGUUAUCUGCUCAAUUUGAGCAUACCUUAUUAGUUACCGAAAAAGGGGUAGAAAUUUUAACAAAGAGAACAAAAGAAUCUCCUACUUUGGGUUUUGAUACAAAAGAUCAUUUGUAUUUUACAUAA